AUGGCGUCAGCAGUCAAGCUGACGAGUGCCGAUAACAGUUCGAACCUCGGAAGGCUCAGGGACCAGCUAUUCCCAUACUACAUUGACCAGUCGGAAUGGGUGUCCCGAGAGACAUUGAAGGGCAGACACGCUGUUAUCACUUUCGGCAUGGUGAUUCGAGGCGGCAUGCAUGAUAGUUUUUCAAUGAUGGGCAAGUGCAUCGUUUACGCAAUGCCUCGAGGUUUCCUUGGCCCUUUAACUCUCAAUCUAGCCUUCCCAAAGGGUUCUCCACUGCGAGAGAGAUUUGACCAAGUAAUUGUCAGACUGCGAGAGUCAGGAAUCACGGGCAAGAUCUUCUCUGAUCGCACAAUCAAUGCCACUGAUUGCAUCGCUCCCGUGAGCUCCAUGACAGUUCCAUCACAGCGUCCGCUUCAGCUGAAGGACUUUUAUGGCAUGUUGCUACUCUUUGCCCUUGGACUACUUGUGGCUACUGGGGUCUUCCUCGCGGAAUUUGCUCCUUAUUGGCUACAAAUCAAAGGAAAAGUUUUCUUACGCCUUGGAUCAGCGAGCAAGCUAAAAGCAGCCACAUGGAAAAAAAUAAAAAAUAAAUAA